AAACGCUACCCCGCUCGCCUAUAUAAGACUGAUCAAACCAACCUGGGACCAAAAAGCUGCUCCGCAGUCCUGGAGAGCACUCGUCACCUCACUGAGACGCUCAGCAGAACACAGAAGCUGAAACCAUGAAGGGUGCUCACACUUUGGCUGGACUCCUGCUCCUCACAGUCAUCCACAGCAGCUGGCAGGUCGCUGACCAGGACACAGACCAAAGCUCCAUUCUAUUGCCUGAAAACUCUGAACCCAACAAGCUCUCAACCAUGAAGAGACAUUCAGAAGGAACGUUUUCUAACGACUACAGUAAAUACUUGGAGACGCGGAGAGUACAAGACUUUGUCCAGUGGCUGAAGAACUCAAAAAGAAAUGGGAGUGCGUUUAGACGCCAUGCAGACGGAACCUACACCAGCGAUGUGAGCUCCUACCUACAGGACCAGGCUGUCAAGGAGUUUGUGUCCUGGCUGAAAUCUGGCCGAGGCAGACGAGACUAGACUCAACCAAAUCUCCAAAUCCAUGCACCUCAUGACACUCAGAAAUAAAGCAAGAAGUCAUAAAAUUUCA